GCCCAGCUGUGCGCGACCCAUCAGCAGCCCUAGCAUCUCUGCAACCCUACGCAGCCCUCCGCGCCGUCGCCGACGCGCCCCGCGACGCAGGAAAGCGCGCGACAAGCUACCCACAAACUCGAGCCAUGUCGGAGCAGGUCAAGCGCGCGAACCGGCGCCAGUCGCUCAACGCCAUGCUGCGCGUCGAGGGCUUCGACGUCGUCGUCGUCUGCACGGGCACGGAGCACCAGGCGAGCUUCUGGCAGGCGCGGCUCGAGCGCGGCGGGAGCACGAUCGUGCCCAAGGGCGCGACGGUGCUCUGCGUGCACGAGGACUGGAACGGCGGCGCGGGCAACGGCCUGGGCACGCUCUACGCCUGGCGCAAGGCCUGCGCCCUCGCGAAAGCCAAGGGCCGGGGCGACCUCGCCGCGGAGCUCGCGGCCGGAACCGUCGCGGCGGCGGUCUACCACACGGCGGGCAAGGGCACGCGGCUCGCGCCGCUGCCCGGCGCGGAGAACAACAACAAGCCCGGCGUCAAGCUGCCCGUCGUCGCGCCCCUCGGCGCGUCGGGCGCCGCCGUGCCCCUGACGAUUUUAGAGUCCGUCGUCAAGCAGACGGGCGUCUACGCGGCGUCGCGCAAGGGCCGGCUCUCCGUCUUCUGGGGCGACCAGAUCUUCAUCCCGACGCUGCCGGCGACCUACGACGCGCCCCGCGCCCACGCCGACAUCCUCUGCAUGCUCGCGCCCAUGCCCGACGCGAAAACGUGGAAGGACCGGGGUUUGGAGAAGUACGGGCUCGUCGCGGUCGGCAAGAGCGGCGCUGCGUGCCAGAUCGAGAAGGUGGACCACGGCACGGCCGUGGCCAUGACCGAGAGCCUCGGGGGCAUUUCUGACGUCGGGACUUCCCUGGGGUCCUUCUCCGUGACCGCCGCGCUCCUGGAAGCGCUGACGGCGGAAUUCGCGAAGGAGCUCGACGCGAAGCGCGGCUGCUUCGACAGCGACCCCCACUGGUGGAUGCCCAUGACGCUGCCCCUCGACGCCUACGUGGCUUUGAUGGCCAAGAAGGGCAUCGACGCCGUCGCGUCGACGGCGCACCACGGCCGCGUCCGGGCCAUGCUCCAGCGCUUCGACGACGGCGGCAAGCACCUGCUCGGGCCCGUGCUCGGGCCCGUCGACGUCGGCGGCGACGCGUACUGGUGGGACUACGGCCAGCUCAAGCUCUACCUGCGGAACGCGCUGCGCCUCGUCGAGGACGGCGUCGAGGCCGGCGCCAUGCGCGAGUUCCUCAACGCGCCGCGGCCGUGCGGCGCGCCCGACGGCUCGGCGCUCGUCGUCGACGACAAGAGUUGCCUCAGCGACGUCCGCGUCGCCGCGGGCACGUGCCACAAGUCCGUGGCGGCGGCCGUGACGGCGGGCACCGUCGAGCUCGACGGCGCCGUGCUCGUCAACGUCACGGCCGCGUCCGUCGUCGCCGCGCCGGGCGCGGUCGCCUACAACGUCGUCGAGGACGGGCCGUUGGUGCUCGAGGCGGGGGAGGUCGUCACGGACGUCUUCAUGGAGGACGGCACGAAGCACCGCCAGCGGUCCACGACGGCCGUCGACGGCGGCAAGGCCUGGAAGGAGGCCGUCGAGGGCAACAAGUUCUCCUUCGAGCAGGUCUACAAGAUGAACCUCGCGACGGACGUGUCCAAGACCGCGGACCUCGCCGCCGCGGCCCACGCGGACCUCGCCGCCGUCCUCCUCGCGAAGAACCUCGCCGUGCAGUAGGCCACAGACGCCUUAAAGCAAGCCCCCUCU